AGUAUCAGCCUGAGCUGCCCUGAGCGAACGUUUAGUACGCGGGUGAGCUCGUCGCGAGGCUGUUGUUAUCGUAACGAGGGUUCGUCGGGCUUUUUUAAGGGGUACUGAGGUGGAUUUAGGAGCUUUAAAAAUUGAAAUUGUGCGUCGACGAGUCGUGUAAAACGCUGACUCGUGGGUGAAAAAAAAAAAAGAUUCGUUAAUCAAGGAAUGCGUAAAUUAAUCUGAGCACAUGUAAAUUGGACAGAAGGUCUCGGAGCGCUAGAUUGAUAAUGAGCUCGAGUGGAGCGAUUUUUGCAACGUGAGUUUUGGUUCUGUAUUGCCACUCAAUUUCGCGGAGAAGCUUGGGUGUAAGAAAUACUGAAACCUUGUAAGGAUCAUGGAAUGAUACACGAGUCGAUCUUCUCUCGACUUUUUAUCCGAUCUUUGAUCCCACCCUCUUCUGUCUCUCGCCCACUUUUCUCGCGUGUGUUUUCUUACGGAAUUACGGUAUCUGUGGCGGACCGAUGUUACGCUUGGUGGUGGUAAAAACCUCGAGGGAUCAGUGAAAGCAAGCCAAAGCAAACCGUCGGAAGUGACAGCUAUAAAAUGGGCGUUCCUGACGUCGAACAUGCCAAGAGACGUCUCCAGGAUAUUCUGAGACGUGCUCAGAAACUGGAGGUGUCAACACAGGAGGUUAUUUCCACCAGGACCGCACAGAAGCUGCUGACCAGGUCCAAGAACGCCCUCGCCUGGAGUAUUUGGAUAGGAAUCUUCCUGCUGACACUAUCGGCGGUCGUUUAUUCUCGUUGGCCAGUUCAAGAGGUCGAAACUGUACGCACGGUACUGAGGAGAACGUGCGGAGCCGGAAACAGCGGAGACUUUUCGGAAAGGGUAGCAGCGCUGUUGCACUCUUCAACGCAGGAUGACUGCUAGUCUACGUCACGGAGACGUAGUCCCCGUCUAGAAAAGCACCCUGAAGAUAUCUCGAGGACUACUACUGUUAAUACUACAUCUUAAGGAAUAGAUUAUGUAGGAAUAGGCAAGACACUGAAAAGGUGGAGCGAACGGAGAGAAUUUACGUGCGUCCCUUUGUGUAUGUGUGUGUGUGUGUGUGUGUGCGGUCGUGUAAGGAGGGGAGUUGAAGAUGGAAAAGGUGGAGCUUCGCCUAGGAGCAAGAAUUUGUAUUCCGGUGAGGACCGGAAGGAGAUGGCGUCUUCUGGCUGAAACGAAGAAAUAGACGUGACAUCGGGUCAAAGUGCAGCGGGCGGGGAUCCAGUUUAAACUUGAAUGAACUUCUCGUUUGUUAUAUGACGUAACUUUCGUCUUUCCCUAUCCUUCCCCUAAUUUGCACAGUCCCUCCUGUGUUCCGGGUUCGACUGCGUGACACUUCAAAACGAAUAUCGCGAUUAAAGCUCACCGAGUUUCCACCCCGUUCAAUGCUACACCUAGUUUUCAAUUUCCGGAUUGGCGCGUCUACCGCGAGCGUAGAAAAGCUCCGAUAACCCGAAAACUCAACGCGGUUCCAUCGCGGGAAUUUUCCUGAGAAUGAAAAAAUUUUCACCACCUUUCAGGCGGUCGUUUUCAGCACUACGUCACGUCCGGGGCACGCAAACGUUCGGUCGAGGGCCAUUAACACUGGGUUUAAUAAUUCACUGCUGCACCACGUCGCUGCUGCAUUGCCGCAGUUUUAUCGAUAAUUAUCGCGGAACGCGAUUCAAGUGGUGUUUCAAAUUUGUCCGCAUGAAUCGCAACCCUUCUUCCUCGACCAAAUUGAGCAUGGACGAUGCUGCUUAUUCAAU